AUGCGGGGACGAGUACACUCGAGCAGACGAUUGUUAACGCUGCUGAUAUUCCAGGGUGCCGCGCUAAUCGUACGAUCCGACGAACCGAAACGUGAUGCAAACUACCCUCCGCCGGAAUUACUGCAGAAGAUGAAACCCAUGCACGAUGCCUGCGUGGCUGAGACGGGUGUAUCCGAAGAUGCCAUCAAGCGGUUUAGCGAUCAGGACAUCCACGAAGACGACAAGCUGAAGUGCUACAUGAACUGUCUCUUCCAUCAGGCGGGCGUGGUGAAUGAUAAGGGCGAGUUCCAUUACGUGAAAAUUCAAGACUUUCUGCCGGACUCGAUGCAUCUGAUCACGCUGAACUGGUUCAAGCGCUGCCUGUAUCCGGAGGGAGAGAACGCAUGCGAGAAAGCGUUCUGGCUCAACAAGUGCUGGAAAACGAAGGAUCCGGUACAUUACUUUCUACCAUAG